AUGACUGGUGCUACUGGAUCUUCUAAUUCAGACUUUAUAAGUCCUGUUGGCAGUGACGUUAAACAUAAUGAUAAAUCAGAUACUAUAAUACAAUCAGAAGGGUUCCCAAGUAUUGAAGGUGAAGCUGAAUACUAUGAGAAAACGUUCUCUCAAUCGGACGAGGAGUACGCUGCAAAAUCAAGUGUUUGGCAUAGGUUUAAGGAUUCCUUCAAGAGAGCCGAUCAUAUUAAUACGAAUAUACAUGGAAAUGCGGAAUUGGAAUUGAAUCCAUCACAGAGUCUCUUACCUGAGAAGGGUGCUAGCUUAAAGCGAGAUAUUAAACCAAGGCAUGUUGUUAUGAUGUCUUUAGCUACAGGUAUCGGUACUGGUCUACUUGUUGGUAACGGUAAGGCAUUGGCUACCGGUGGACCGGCUGGUUUGACCAUUGGUUAUGCUAUUAUGGGUUCUUGCUUGUACAGUAUUAUUCAAGCUGCUGGUGAACUAGCAGUUGCAUACCCAACUUUAACUGGUAAUUUCAAUAACUAUCCUUCCUUUUUGGUGGACCCUGCUAUGUGUUUCGCUACCGCUGCCCUUUACUGUAUUCAAUGGUUAUGUGUGUUCCCAUUAGAAGUGAUUUCUGCGGCCAUUACCAUCAAAUAUUGGAAUACCAGCAUAAAUCCUAAUGUUUGGUGUGUUAUAUUUUACGUUAUGAUCAUCGGAAUUAACAUGUGUGGUUCCGCUGGUUAUGCUGAAGCCGAUUUCUUUUUCAACACUUGUAAAAUUUUAAUGUUUGCAGGUUUCUUCAUCUUGGGUAUCAUCAUCAACUGUGGUGGUGCAGGUGACUCAGUUUAUAUCGGUGGUAAAUAUUGGAACGACCCUGGUGCCUUCAACGGUGACACUGGUAUUAGUAGAUUCAAGGCUAUUGUUUCUACUUUGGUUACUGCUGCAUUUGCUUUUGGUGCAUCAGAAGCCGUUGCUUUAACUGCCAGUGAACAAGCUAACCCAAGAAAAGCUAUUCCAAGUGCUGCUAAGCAAGUGUUGUACAGAAUUAUUGCCAUCUACUUGGCUAGUAUCAUUCUAGUUGGGUUUUUAGUUCCUUAUAACUCCCCUGAAUUGAUGGGUUCAGGUAGUUCUUCUGUCCAUUCUUCUCCUUAUGUGAUUGCUGUUGCAUCGCAUGGUGUCAAAGUUGUCCCAUCAUUCAUCAAUGCAGUCAUCUUAAUCUCAGUGUUAUCUGUAGGUAACUUUUCUUUCUACUCAAGUUCCCGUAUUCUUCUAUGUUUAUCCGAAAUCGGUUAUGCUCCAAAGUUUUUCCAAUACGUUGAUAGACAAGGUAGACCACUAUAUGCCAUGAUUGUGGGUGCUCUUGUUGGUUGUAUUUGCUUUGUUAGUGCUUCAUCCGCAGAAGAAAGUGUCUUUACAUGGUUGAUGGCCGUUUCCGGUUUGUCCCAAUUGUUCACAUGGACUAACAUUUGUAUUUCUCAUGUCAGAUUCAGAAAAGCCAUGCAAGUUCAAAAUAGAUCCAUAGGUGAAUUAGGUUUCAGGUCCCAAGUUGGUGUAUGGGGUUCUUACUAUGGUAUCUUCAUGAUGAUAUUGGUUUUCAUCGGUCAAUUCUGGGUCGCACUUUUCCCAGUAGGAGGUACCGAUGGUGCCGAUGCCGAAAAUUUCUUUGCUAAUUAUCUUGCAAUGCCAGUCUUCCUUGCACUAUACUUCGGUUUCAAGAUAUGGAAGAAGGAUUGGAGACUAUAUAUUCCAGCAUCUGAAAUCGAUCUCAUUUCUCACAGAAAGAUUUUCGAUGAAGAAAUACUAAAACAAGAAGAUGAGGAAUAUAAGAUAAAAAUGAAACAUGCUUCCAUAUGGGUAAAAUUAUCCAACUUCUGGUGUUAA